AUGCUGCCGUCGUUCAAGCUACACAUGCAUCACGCCAUCUUGGAUCGCCUGGCAAAGGUGGGCAAGUACGACGGCACGCACCCGUCGUUGACGUGCGGCACGUCCAGUGGAAAAGUUUUCCUCCACACUCCGCACGACAAGAACGAAGACGACGCGGUCCAGGCCGUGCGAUUCCUCAACAUCAAUCGCGAGGUGUCGGCGCUGUGCGUGGGCAAAUUCCGUGACCAGGACGCUGGUGACACCCUCGUCGUCGGCACGCACACCAACAUCCUUGGGUACAACGUCGAGAAGAACUCGGAUACGUUCUACAAGGAUGUUCCCGACGGCGUCAACACGAUGCUGUUUGGUACACUCCCCAACAUUCCGUCGCGAAUGGUCAUGGUCGGCGGUAAUUGCUCGAUUCAGGGCUUUGACCGCGAAGGCAACGAAACAUUCUGGACCGUCACUGGGGACAACGUGACUGCGCUCGCGCUGUGCGACGUGUCUGGUCGCGGCAACGAAGAACUCGUUGUCGGGUCAGACGACUUUGAAAUCCGAGCAUUCCACGCGGAAGAUGUCGUGUGCGAAUGCAGCGAAACGGGUCGCAUUGUCGACUUGGCGACGAUUCAAAAGCACUUGUUUGGGUAUGCGCUCGAAAACGGCACGGUCGGCGUGUACAAGAACAGCCAUCGCGUAUGGCGAGUCAAGUCCAAGAACAUUCCGACGUCAAUCACAGCAUUCGACAUCAAUGGAGACGGCGAGCUCGAGAUUGUCAUCGGGUGGAACAACGGCAAGCUUGAAGCCCGCAGCGUUGCGAACGGCACGGCGGUGUACCGCGAUCACUUUACCGCUCCAAUUGCAGCUGUCCUCACGUCCGACUACCGGCUGCGGGGCAACUCGGAAGUCAUUUGCUGCGCCGCCGACGGCGAAAUCCGAGGGUACUUGUUCGAAGGCAAUGCGGCGGACGGGAUGACUGUCGACGGCAGCGGCGCCACGGCAGCGUCCUUGUUGGAGGACGACAUCUCGGUCGAAGAAAAGGAAGUUCAAGCACUGAUCAAAGCCAAGGCGGACCUCGCGAGCAAACUCAAAGCGUACGAAAACGCCAGCGCAAAAACCACUAAAGGCACCAACGUGCGCGUCGCAACGACUACCAAGAUUACGAUCACGCCGACCACCACCAUCUCGCACGAAAACAUUGAGCUGACCGUGUCGACCGAAAACGACAGCGUGAUCAAGAUGAUUGUGAUCUUCGACUACGACGCAGGCAUCUUUGACGGCGAAUCGCUCGUGAUCCGACCGACCGUGCCCAGUUCCAAGGCGGCGGUACAGCUCCCGACGCUCAAGAAGAACAUCGAGGCGUCGCUGCAUUUUCGUGUGCUGGUCGGCAAUCGAGGCAAUGGCAACGUGUUUCACGUGUUUGAAGAAUCGUUUGUGUUGCCGCGGUUCGCCGACUUUUUCCCGCUCAAGUCGGCGGCCCCCGUCCGGCCGUCCGGAAUCGUCAAGUUCAAAAAGCCCGUCCGCAUGCAACAGUUUGGAGCGUGGGUCAAGUCGGCCUUCUUGCAAACGGACGUGCUCAAGCUGUCCGAGUCGGACGUUGACAUUUCGUUCAAAAACGUUGGGGACAACUCGUUGCUGUCCAUCUCGACGACGGCCACGAGUAUGGAAAUCCGCGUGGAAAACAUGUCGGUCGCGGCCGAGCUGAUCCAAGACUUGUGUCGCGCGCUGCAGAUUGAUGACCUCGAGUCGGUGGCGGACUUUCCCGAGCAACUGGCCGAAUUUCGACAGCUCCUCGUUCGGGUGGACGAGUACAACAGCAUCCGCCUCAAGCUCACGGGGGACAUGGCAGACGACUCGAACCAACUCAAGCAUCUCGUGAUCCGCGCAGAAGAUGCGCGCAUCCUCCACGACAUGUCGAGCAUGCGGGCGUACUACUCGGAGCUGUUUUCGCUCAACAAUCAACUCUUGGGCGAGUACACGAAGCGAGCUACGAACCAUCACGCGUUGUUGGAUGCGCUGAAAGACGUGAACGGGAUGAUCCAGCUCGCGGCGCGGCUGCGCCAUGGCCAGCCCAAGUCGGCCGUCAUCCUGGCCUGUCGCAAAGCCAUCAAAGCAAACAACAUCCACGCGCUGUUUUACAUUGUCAAAACGGGGCGGGAAGAGUCGAGUUAAGUCGAUAUGAUGUCCACAACGCAGUGAAUCACACUUGUCGACAUUCCGCAUGGG